GAGGACGGGAACUUCACUGAUAUAAUAUUAUAAUUAAAUUAAAAUACAUUAUAAUUAUUAUUGUCAUACAGGUUAUAACUUCUAAGUUCUAAUUAGGUAGUUAUAAUAACUUAUUAGCACUACGUACAAUAAAACAUGAGAUGAACUCAUUUGUCAGUCUGAACUUCUAAUCUUUGGCAAUUAUUAUAAUAUUAUUCGCAUAUUGUCAUCGAGUAUACCUAUCGACUGUUUGGAUUUUGGAAUGUUUAGAUAGCAAGAUAGCUACAAAUAAUAUCGCGAUCGACAUUGUURUAAUCGCAUGAUCAUUAAUACAAUAUGGAUGAAUCAUGUGACACAAUGUGAGAUGUCACAUGACAAUAUGACAUGCAGUGGCAAUGACUACAAAAUCAAAAAUUUCAUGAUUUGUAUUAAUGUGUUCAUCAUACUAUUUUUUAAGUGUUACGACUUUAAACUUUAUUAAUGAAAUAUAAUCUUCGGUCUACUGCAGAUUAGAAUAUUAUUAUUUUUAUCUCCUUAAUAUUAAUUUUGAAUUAUAUGUCGUUAGUUCAUACUAAUAACGUCGGUCGUCGGCUAUGUGAUGACAGUUCACUCAAUCAUAAAAAGUACCUAUUUGUAACGAUAGCAUUAUAACGGGAUCGCAAUGGCGUUCGGUGUUGUUGAUUAUAUCGUGUUUGCAAUUAUGUUGGUAAUGUCUGCAUCAAUAGGCAUUUACUACAGAUUUACUGGGGGUAAACAGAAAACAACACAGGAAUACAUGCUGGGUAACAAAAAUCAAGGUAUUUUACCAGUUGCAUUUUCGUUGAUGGCCAGUUUUAUGUCUGCCAUAACAUUAUUCGGCGUGAGUGCRGAAAACUAUUAUCAUGGUACACAAUUUGUUGCCAUUAAUGUAGCUUACAUCUUGGGAACUCCAAUAAUUGCAUAUGUAUUUUUACCUGUAUUCUUCAAACUUGGAAAUUUAUCAGUUUAUGAAUAUUUGGAAAAAAGAUUUGGUCGAUGGACAAGGACUGUUACAUCUAUAGCAUUUAGCACUCAAAUGAUAUUAUACAUGGCAAUAGUUUUAUAUGCACCAUCAUUGGCUUUAGGAGCUAUAACUGGAUUAACCUUAACCUCUUCUAUUACACUAGUUGGUUUAGUAUGUAUAUUCUAUUCGACGAUUGGAGGAAUUAAAGCAGUCAUUAUUACAGACGUAUUUCAAUCAUUACUAAUGUUUGCUUCAAUAUUUGCUGUAAUUGGAGUUGCUAUGUAUGAAACUGGUGGAAUAUCACAAAUUUGGAAGAUUGCUGAUAAAUAUGGACGAAUUGAAUUUAAUAAUUUUAACAUAGAUCCCACUGAAAGACAUAGUUGGUUUAGUUUGGUGAUUGGUGGUAUGUUUACCUAUGUUUCAUUGUAUGCAAUAAAUCAAACACAAGUACAGAGGUAUUUAACUAUGAAAGACUACAAUACAGCAGUUAAAUCUUUAUGGUGUAGCUUACCCCUUUUGUCAUUGCUAUCUAUUUCAACAAGUUUUUCUGGGUUGGCAAUGUUUUCAAAGUACUAUGACUGUGACCCAAUAAAGUCAAAGCGUAUAUCAAGCGUAGAUCAGUUGAUGCCUUUGUAUGUAUCGGAUACUAUGGGAUCAAUUCCAGGGUUGACUGGAUUAUUUGUUGCUGGUAUAUUUUCAGCUGCAUUAAGUUCUGUUUCACCAGUGCUUAACUCUUUAGCCGCUGUUACAAUGGAAGAUUAUCUUAAGCCUUUUAUGAAAAAAGAUAUUACUGAUAAAACACGAGUAUUUUAUAUGAAAAUAUUAGUCCUUGCCUAUGGUGGAAUUUGUUUGAUAUUAGCUUUUUUGAGUCAAUAUUUGGGCUCAAUACUACAAACUUCAUUAGUCAUAUUUGGAGUGAUUGGUGGACCAGUAUUAGCAGUAUUCACACUGGGAAUACUAUUACCUCAUGUUAACCAAAAAGGUUCAUUGACUGGUCUUGUGAUUGGUUUGAUAUUUUCAUUUUCAAUUGGAUUUGGUAGACCUAUAGCCAAAAAUUUGCCCACGUACAUAAAUGCAUGUCCUACGGUGCUAAAUCAAACCCUUCAACAAUCUUCGUUGGUGCAUAAUGUGUCAGAAAAUGAUGAUUACUCUUAUUGGCAUCGCAUUAGUUACAUGUAUUGUAUAGUUCUUGGGUUUAUAGUAACAUUCUUUGUUGCACUCGUGGUUAGUUCAAUUUUCAAAGAAGAACGUUGUCAUAAUCCAGAUCUGUUUACACCAUUUGUUGCCAAACGWUUUAGAAAAAACGGAUUAUUAUUGAAAAAAAAAAUUAUCAAAACGGAUGUAAGAAUUGCAGAUGAGUUGAAUCAAAUAUUAAGUUAA